UCGUUUUCCUACGGAUCUCCACGUCGCAUCAAGUGCAGCUUGGCCAAUUAAGCGAAACUCUCAGCGUUAAGCCAAACUACUAGAACAUCUUCGAACAUGUCGCUGCUCAGCGUCACGGUGAAGAAGGCGAGGUUCGUCUGCGAGGAAGCGGAACAAUUCAACUCCUACGUAACACUGAAGCUGCAGAAUGUGAAGUCGACGACGGUAACGGUGAAAGGGGCCAAUCCAUGCUGGGAGCAAGACUUUCUUUUCGAAACGAACGACAUGAACACGGGUCUUCUGGUCGAGGCUUGGUGCAAGGGUUUCCUGUGGGAUCGUUUCUUGGGCUACUACUACGUCCCAUUAUCAGAAGUGUCCUACAUGAACGAGGAGGGUUCAGGACAAUGGGUCAGCCUCGAUUCGGAGCUCGAGAUGAGAGGUGCCGAGAUCAUCGGCACGAAAAAGCCAACCGGCCACUCUCUUCUCAUAGACUGCCGUUUGGAGCUUCCUUUCGACCCUGAGAACACGGAGGCGGCGGAUCUGCAGAGGAAGCUGGAAAUGCUGAACAACAUGAUGGACCAGGAAGCAAGAGCCGAACAGGCACGACGACAGAUAUUGUACAAUAUAGGCCACUCGGGUUACUCAGAGGAUUCGGACUAUACGUCAGACCUGAAUUAUCCAGUAGGCGGACAGGGUGCAAACAGCUCGGCUUCGCAGUUUCGUACCGCUGCCAACCAAUUGGCUACCCCUCAAAGAUCUCUCGAGACCUCGAGAGAAAAUAGCUACGAGAGGGACGAUCAUCAGAUUCCAGCCACAGUCGGAGGAAGACUAGCUCCAAGCAAUUACGGAACUUACGGUGGAUCGGGACACAGUCCACGUUACGACGAACCAUACCCAGAAGAAGGUCCACCGCAAAGGUAUUCUCAGUCUCAGCACGCUUCAGAAUCUUCCGAGCCACUCUUCUACAAUAGUAGACCAAGACACUAUAAGGAAUACAGAAGACGGAAGCACACGUGGGAUUACGAGGACAGCCAAGACGGCUGGUACAGCGAGGGUUACGACUAUCACGGCACGAGAGUCGACGAAACGAGGAUCUACAGCGAUACCGAGUACUAUCCGACCACUACGAGCUCCUCCAGGCGAAGAGGCCCUCAUAGAAGACCGUCUUUGGAGAGACAGAUGACUUUAUACGACGACCACUCUUAUUAUACCGAUGAAUAUAGCAGCGACGGGAGAGUAGGGAAAAUGAGUGCCACGUAUCCCGAAUGCCAGACGGAUAUCAGAUACAAUGAGUACUACGAUACCACCACGGGAUACGGAUAUCAAGAUGAAAGUAGGUACGGUCAAGAUGACGAGGACAGGCAAUGGGACAGCGGAGGGAAAUGGUACCUAGGAAGUAGUACCUAUUACGAGAAUAAAAGGAAUAGGAAAACGCUUCCCCAGAGGCCUGCAUCUAGUAUCGGUAUUCAUCGACCUGACUAUAGACCAACAGUUACCAGACAGCGCAGCUAUGAAUCGGAGGAACUGAAUUACAGUAGUCACAGUACUCGUCGUAGAAAACCGCUUCAACCGCAGCAACGACCGUCGUCCAGGCAAGAAGGGACGGGAAAGAAACUACCUCCGACACCAACAACGCCAAGCAACGUUAUUAUCAGCCGUAAGCUUGCCUCCUUACCUGCCACACCGAGCAGGCAACUGCCAAAGACUAGAACUCCUUCCGAGGAGAGCUACUACAAGUCUGACUACAACGAGGACUAUAAUUACGCUUAUCGCAGCCAAGAUAACUUACCUCAGGAUACCUACAUUGACAGUAUAUAUAGCGAGCAAAGUGGUUACGACCAGAUGCACGUGCCUGGCAAAACUCAAUAUGCCGAGGAUAGUCAAUAUGGGUCCAGUUACACGCCCCAGGUCGAUGACCAUUACGGUCGUUCGUAUCAAGAGCCACAGACACAGGAUACGUACGAUCAAACGUAUUUACAGAACUCGUACAAGGACGAGUAUCAAAAGCCUUACGUGGAACAAAACACUCAGGUUUAUCAGGAUACGUAUCAGGACAUGACAUAUCCGAACGCGAGCCAGCCGAACGAUCAGUACGCUAGCCAGCCCAACGAUCAAUACAGGAAAACGAGCAGGGACAUGAUAAUCGAAGAUAAUUAUCAGGUGAUGAGCUACGAUAAGAACAACGUGCAGUAUCAGGACAGGACGAAGGUUCAUUCGUACAAGGAAGAUACGUAUCAGGAGCAAUACGACGAUUACAGCGUGUCCGUACCGGCGAGUGUAUACGACCAAAACAACGUAACGAACACGUAUAAUCAGUAUCAACAAGAGCAAUACGAUUCUCAGUACAAUAUAAAUACGUCGACCGGUUAUCAGAAGUCUUAUCCGGACACGUACAAUCAGGAGACCUACAACAGAGACGUCUACGAUCAGGAUACGUACAAUCAGGACACUUAUAAUCAGGAAUCUUACAAGCAGGAGCCAUACAAUCAGGAAUCUUACAAACAGGACACCUACAAGCAAGAUACUUACAAACAGGAUGUCUACAAACAGGACGCUUACAAACAGGAUGCGUACAAACAGGAUGUCUACAAACAAGAUGCCUACAAACAGGAUGCUUACAAACAGGAUGCCUACAAGCAGGAUGUUUAUAAAGAGGACACUUACAAUCAGGAAACCUACAACGAGGAUACGUACAAACAGGAACCUUACAAGGAGGAGCCCUAUAAGCAGGACACUUACAAUCAAGAUGGCUAUAUCCAGGACACAUACAACCAAGAAACGUACAAUCAGGGUACGUACAAUCAGGAAACGUACGGUCAGGAUACAUACAGUCAAGACACCUACAACCAAGUACCCGUUACGUCGCAAAGCAAUUACGAAGAUGCCUACAGUAAACCGCAGAAAGACUACGUGGAUUAUCAGACACCGUACAGUAAAGAGGAGCCCGUUACAACGUACAAGAACGAGUACGAGGAUCAGUACCAAGACUAUCCCGAUCAAUACGAGGAGUCUUAUCACGAUUCCUAUCAAGGGUCGUUCGAGGAGCGUUACAAAGACAGUCCAUCGGGCAGCACGGAAAGGAGACCGAGCGAAGUUCCAGAAUUGUCGGUGACAACACCGAGGGGUCAGACCAGAGCGAACGGCUACCAAUCGAGCGAGUCUGACUAUUACUACACGUCGCAGGAAAGUCAGGACGUGUCGUCGACGGGUGUACCCAGGAGGAAGAAGCUCGAGAAACGCGAAGCUAGUCCUCUAGUCCAACAGAACACCGAUUCUUUGGAAUCUAGAGACGACGAGCUGAAGGAGUCUAUCGAAACUGCCGUGAGUUCGAUCAGCAGCAUACCUCAGAAAAAAGGAAUCAGCGACUAUUCGACGGCAGGCGAUUCCAGUCCUGCUGCCCCUACUUUGGUCGAGUCCCCGCAAAGUACGGUGCAGCCUCCGACGACGAUGGUCAAUCACGUCACGUCCAAUCACGUUACGACCAGCAUGACGGUCACGGCGAUGGUGCACACCACCACCACGGCGAACGGGAAACGCUUGACCAGGACCGAAUCCUAUCAGGAGGAGGUGAUAGAGGACGAAGAGUACCCAGAGAUCAUUCCGAAGGAACCGCAGAGGAAAGAUUCGCAAUUGUCACAUCAAAGCCAACUCAGUCAGCAUUCUUCUCAGCACAGCCAACAUUCUCAGAAACCGAAACUCACCAGAGGCGAUUCGUAUGCUUCCGAUCAUUAUCCUGAAGAAUCGUACAGCAGAAGAAGUUCGUACACGCAACCCACCAGAAAGGAUUCCUUCUCUUCGACCACGCAGGAGAACUUCAAACCACAUCUUGCUAGGACUGACUUUUAUCAGAAGAGAGACUGCUUGGGGCAGAGCUUCUCUGGUCCUCAGCCGAUCUCCAGAGCGGAGAGCUAUCAACGGGGAUAUUUCAAGGAUCAGGAAUCUAUUGAGGAGCCGGAAGUCAUCAGUAAUGCAGUGAACGACGACUACAAGAUGAGGGACGAGCCUCUUGAAAGGUACGAACGAGGCGAUGAAGCGAUGCUUCGUAGCUCUCGAGAGGGCUCGUUGGUGGACACGUACAAAACGACACCGCCUAUGUCUCACACCGAGAGUCCACGUGGGAGUAUAACGAAACAAGCGUCCUUAGAAGAAAGUGUUCAAAUGGACACUCCACCAAGGAGUCCACCGGAACCACCACCUGACGAGGAGCUUCUCGAGAUGGUCGGUGCAGCACCUGUGCCUACGCAGCUGAAGGAACGACCGGAAAUGACAGCGAGACAACGAUGGCAUUGGGCGUACAACCAAAUUGUCAUGCAGCUACGGAACGGCAGCGGACCUGGUGGCGAAUCGGGCGGACGUGGCAACGGGCAUCUCGGGGACAAUCCGUUCUACAGCAACAUCGACAGCAUGCCGGACAUUCGACCGCGUCGAAAGUCGGUGCCAUUGGUCUCCGAGCUGGUCUUGAAGACAAUGGCGGCGACGAAGAGGAACACUCCAGGCUUACUAACAUCGGCUGUGCCCAGGGCAACGUUGAACGACGAGGAACUGAAGAUGCACGUGUACAAGAAAACGCUGCAGGCGAUGAUCUACCCGAUUUCCUCGACAACGCCGCACAAGUUCGUUACCUGGACAGCCACGUCGCCGACCUACUGCUACGAGUGCGAAGGACUUCUCUGGGGUAUUGCUCGACAAGGGGUGCGGUGUACCGAGUGCGGAGUCAAGUGCCACGAAAAGUGCAAGGACCUCCUCAACGCCGACUGCUUGCAGAGAGCGGCCGAGAAAAGCUCGAAGCACGGGGCCGAGGAUAAGGCGAACAGCAUCAUCACGGCCAUGAAAGAGCGAAUGAAGCAGAGAGAGCGGGAGAAGCCGGAGAUCUUCGAGCUGAUCCGGUCAGUGUUCGGGGUCGACGAGGAGGCACAUACGGGUCACAUGACGGCGGUGAAGCAGUCGGUUCUGGACGGUACUAGCAAGUGGUCCGCGAAGAUCGCCAUUACAGUGAUCUGCGCUCAGGGGCUGAUCGCGAAAGACAAGAGCGGCACGUCUGAUCCGUACGUGACGGUCCAGGUCGGCAAAGUGAAGAAACGAACCAGGACGAUGCCGAGGGAAUUAAAUCCGGUUUGGCACGAGAAGUUCUACUUCGAGUGUCACAACUCGUCCGAUCGGAUAAAAGUGAGAGUGUGGGACGAGGACAACGACCUGAAGUCGAAGCUGCGGCAAAAGUUGACUCGAGAGAGCGACGAUUUCCUCGGGCAGACCAUCAUCGAGGUGAGGACGCUCAGCGGCGAAAUGGACGUCUGGUACAACCUGGAAAAGAGGACAGACAAGAGCGCGGUGUCCGGCGCGAUUAGGCUGCACAUCAGCGUCGAGAUCAAAGGAGAGGAAAAGGUGGCGCCUUAUCACGUGCAGUAUACAUGUCUGCACGAGAAUCUCUUCCACAGUCUGUGCGAGAAAAACGACGGUGUGGUCGCGUUGCCUCAAGCGAAAGGAGACGACGCCUGGAAGGUCUACUUUGACCCACCUGGCGAGGAACUCGUCGACGAAUUCGCUAUGAGAUACGGCAUCGAGAGUAUCUACCAAGCUAUGACACACUUUCACUGCCUCUCGACGAAAUACCUAUGUCCAGGUGUGCCAGCAGUAAUGUCAACCCUUUUGGCGAACAUAAACGCGUAUUAUGCCCAUACCAGUGCAAGUUCCGCAGUUUCGGCUAGUGAUCGAUUCGCUGCCAGCAAUUUUGGGAAAGAGAAGUUCGUGAAGCUACUGGACCAGCUGCACAACUCGCUAAGGAUCGACCUGUCGAUGUACAGAAACAACUUCCCGGCUUCCAGUCAAGAGAAACUGAUGGACCUGAAGAGCACGGUCGACCUGUUGACCAGCAUCACGUUCUUCCGCAUGAAGGUUCAAGAGUUAUCGAGUCCACCAAGAGCCAGCAUCGUGGUGAAGGAUUGCGUGAAGGCGUGUCUGCGGUCGACGUAUCAGUUCCUGUUCGAGAAUUGUUACGACAUCUACAACAGGGAGUUCCAGGUGGAUCCGAGCGAAGCGAAGAGGGACGCGGAAGACCACGGACCCCAUUUGGAGUCGUUGGACUUCUGGCACAAGCUGAUCGCGUUGAUCGUGUCGGUGAUCGAGGAGGACAAGAACAGUUACGGCCCUGUACUGAAUCAAUUCCCGCAGGAGCUUAACAUUGGUCAACUGUCAGCGGCCACUAUGUGGUCCUUGUUCGCGGUCGACAUGAAGUACGCGCUGGAGGAGCAUGAACAACACAGACUGUGCAAAUCCUCGGCCUACAUGAACCUCCACUUCAAGGUUAAAUGGUUGCACACCAACUACGUGAAGGACGUGCCGCCGUACAAGGGCGCCGUGCCGGAAUAUCCGGCCUGGUUCGAGCCGUUUGUGAUGCAGUGGCUCAACGAGAACGACGACGUCUCACUGGAAUAUCUCCAUGGUGCCUUCAACAGAGACAAGAAGGACGGAUUCCAAAAGAGCAGCGAACACGCGCUGUUCAGCGUCUCCGUCGUCGACGUCUUUACUCAAUUAACUCAAUGCUUCGACGUGGUCUCGAAGCUAGAGUGUCCUGAUCCGGAGAUCUGGAAGAGGUAUAUGAAGAGAUUCGCAAAGACCAUCGUGAAAGUACUGGUUGCGUACGCGGACAUCGUGAAGAAAGAAUUCCCGAGUCAUCUGAAGGAAGAACGUAUCGCUUGCAUUCUCAUGAACAACAUUCAGCAACUUCGAGUGCAGCUGGAGAAGAUGUUCGAGUCGAUGGGUGGAGAGAAGCUGGAAGAAGACGCGGCGAACAUAUUGAAGGAACUUCAACAACAACUGAACGGAGCUCUCGACGAUCUGGCCAUGUUGUUCGCGAAGAGUCUGGAGCCGAGGAUAACAGCGUCGGUGAAAGAACUGGGAGACUUGUUGCUGGCCAUCAAGGGCGGUGGACAGGUUCAGUUGUCGCAACCGGCUCAAAGAAACAACGUAGCCGUGGAAGCUGACGAGGUGCUGCGUCCUCUGAUGGUUCUACUCGACGGAAGUUUGUCGUUGUACGCUGAAUCUUGCGAGAAGACCGUGCUGAAGAGGCUGCUUAAGGAAUUAUGGAAGAUCGUUAUGAGAAUCUUGGAGAAGACGGUCGUGCUUCCACCCAUGUCGGAUAAGAGCAUGAUGUUCAAGAACCUGACGGAUAACGCGAAGAACCUGGCUGCGAACGCGAAGAUAGAAGACAUGUCGAAGCUGUUCAAGAACCACAUGACUGGCAAGCCUGACGUGAAGAAUGCGCUGAGUGGUGUGAUGGAUAUUUCGAAGGAAGUAGAAAAGAACCUGUCACCGAAACAGUGCGCCGUUCUCGAGGUCGCACUGGACACCAUCAAACAAUACUUCCAUGCAGGUGGAAACGGUUUGAAGAAGACGUUCUUGGAGAAAUCGCCAGAACUGCAGAGCUUGCGAUACGCUUUGAGCUUGUACACGCAAACGACGGACACUCUUAUCAAGACCUUCGUCACAUCUCAGGUUAACCAAGUUCCAGAUACCGCUGGUACGGAUGAAGGUUCGGUAGGAGAAGUCAGCAUUCAAGUGGACCUCUUCACGCAUCCUGGAACCGGCGAACAAAAGGUCACCGUGAAAGUGGUUGCCGCGAACGAUCUGAAAUGGCAGCUCGCGACAGGAAUGUUCAGGCCGUACGUCGAAGUGAAUCUGAUCGGUCCAUACUUGACCGGAAAGAAGAGGAAACAGUCGACGAAGUCGAAGAGCAAUAAUUGGUCGCCGCAGUUCAAUGAGAGCUUCGAUUUCAUGAUCGGCAACGAGCAACAGCAGCUCGACUUCUACGAGUUGCACAUCUGCGUGAAGGACUACUGCUUCGCGAGAGAAGACAGGCUAGUCGGUGUGGCGGUGAUGCAGUUGAAGGACAUCGUCGAGGAAGGUUCGUGUGCCUGUUGGUUGUCGCUGGGCAAGCGAAUCCAGAUGGACGAGACCGGCUGGACGAUCCUGAGGAUCCUCUCGCAGAGGAACAACGACGAGAUAGCGAAGGAGUUCGUGAAGCUGAAGAGCGACAUCAGACAGGAAACGCCUCUGCCUAAUCCUACCUGAAGCUCGGAGACGCAGCAUUAAUAGCCGACAGCGAAGCGACAUGCGUCCUUCGAGUUUGGAAAGAGCUCGGAGGUGAAGAAGAAGAGGAGGAGGGGCGUUGUCCACAGGGGAAACUAGAAGCGGUUCGGCCAUCGUUGUCGAGAACGAAGUCCAUGAACAGCGUGUGAGGCGCACACGAAAACACACGUACACGCGUAGACGAGAAAUCGCCGAUGAGAACGAUCGGCCGAAUCCUUUUCGGUUCUAACGAUGUCGGCGAGGGAACGAAAGACGCGUCCGCCUGCUCGACAUCUUUCUUCCUGUUCCCUGAGCAACCGGCUCCCGGUCGAGCGUGUUCUUCUCUCUUUUUUUACGAAUCACACAGAGCUUUAGCCCCGUCCCCUAUCGAACCGAGAGACAAAAGGAAAGCGCGCGAGACAACCGAUCCGAACGAACGGGGACUCGAGCCACCCCCAAACGUUCGUCCGUCGGAAAUAACUAGGAAAAGAAGAAACCGGAAGAGCGGUCCGGCUCUUUCGAGGCUGCUUCGAGGAGAACGACGAUCAAGACGGUGAUCGAUGGACACGGUAAAACACGGAACGGAUUAACAUUCGAACGAGUGCCGUGACGAAGGAGGAUAGAAAGCCUCGGCUGUUCGAGAGUGUUCCGAAAAGACGCGAUACGUGAAAACAGUGCUGCCAGUAUGCAAUAUAUUUGGUAAUAUUCGUAAGGUUAGGAAGAAGGAGUCGUAAAGAAUUUAGUCGUAACGAUUGCGUCUAGCUCGAUCACGCCUUGUCGACGUCCACGGAUACCCCGAUGAAAAAUAAUCGACGUGGCGCAACGAGAACGAAGAAUGAUCGAAUCGGGGUCCGCGGUAGCAAACGAAAGCAUCGCGAAACGGUCGUGGCUUCGAGAUACAGAAAAAAGGGAAUAAUCGUGCUGCAACGAGGAGACGCGAUACCUAUAACAAUAGACCCUCGUGCGAGACGACGUUUUAGGCCGUUUGUUCGGGAAGACGAGUUUACUUGUAGAUACGUGAAACACAUUGUUGACGAAGAAGUUUUUUCUAAUAACAGUUUAAACAUAGCAUUGCGUACGACCAAUAGGCGCGUCACGACGUUACUCGGGUCGCGCCGUUAGUAAUAAAAAUAGGCAUUGUAAUGUAACGUUACGUUCUUAUCGUAAGAAUUAAACAAGAGAUCGUAAGAGUCUGAUUGUUGUGGCGAAUGACGACGAGGUCCGCUCGAAGACUUCGAACACUGUCCGUGAAUCAUCCCUCUAGUCUCGCUUCGAAUACCUUCGACGUCCGAAGAAGAAGAAGAACAACAACAACAUAAAUAAAUAAAAAGAAAACAGAGAUUGCUUCUUCGUCCGCCCUCGAUUUUCCACACGCGUGAAAACAGAGAGCUCGAUCAUUGACGCCGUUUAAGAGGCACCUCGUCCACGAAUCGACGACGCGGCAAACCUUUUCGGAAAUUAAACUUUAUAUCGUUGUAGCUGUAUGGUAAUUAAAACUAAUCAUCUAACUUCGACACUUUCUCCCGACGAUCGUUGCUUUUUGUGUGAGCGAGCCAAACCAAGUAUAUAAACGCGACGAGGUGGAACGCAAGCUUCGAAAACGGACAUUUAAUACUUCUCUGUCCAUUCGCUUGAUAUCUCCAUUGAUAUUACUCUUGUAUAUAGACGAAACGACGUCCGCUCGUGGACGCGGUACACGUUCGGUUUAUCGAUCGAUGGUCGGUGGCUCUCGAACGAAAGACUUCCCCCGAUACGAACUCGAGGAAAUCGAGGGCGGACGGGAGUUAAAUGGUCCCUCGAUCUGCUACAAAUAUACGGUAUACGUGUGUCCUUCGUUUCGGAAAAGUUGGAGACGCUCGUCGAAUCACGCGCGUCGCAGUUAUUCGCACGAAGCUUCGAUCGGAUCUCCCCCGAGAAAACUGUGAACAAACGAAGAAACAGACGAUGAAACUAAACGACGAUGCACAAAAGUUGCACGCGACUUUAAACGAAAAAAAAAGAAUAUCUAAAUGAAUUUCAUUCUCUCCGGCCUUCGCACGGGUCGACCAGACAUACAAUUCCAGAGAUUACAAUGAUUAUAUCCAGCAAACAAGAAAAAAAAGUUUCUACUACGUAGUACGUCUAGAUAUACUUACGUAUUGUGUAUAGUGUCUAAAUGCUGAUGUAGCUGCGAGCGCGGGAUAUUCGUUUGGAGAGAAAGAGAGACGGAUUAGAGAGCCACCCAGGAAAAGGAACGUUCCACGAUCUCAUAAUUAGAUUACAUCGAACCAGGUGUUUUCCCUAUUCGAACGCGUACCUCUACAGAUCAGGCGCAUAGCACUUCGUUCAAUGGUUACGUAAUUUUAUCAAAAUUAUCUCUCGUACACGUAAUUUCGCGUCAAGGACCGUUCCAUCGAACGAGUCGAUGCCUCUUUGAUCCUCGUCGAGAAAACCGUAGGACACUUAUAGCGACACGAUGUUUCGAAUCGUUUCAUUUACGUACACCAUGCUCGGCGCGUACACCAUGUUCCUCGACGCGGUUAGAACGCUUAGAUCUACGUAUACGUGGCUAAAUCUGUGCCGUUCGAUUAGAAAACUCCUGACGAAUUAAUACUCUGAGUGCGCGCGAACUCGUUCGAGGUUAGAGCUGUAAACAUUCGAGUAUUUGAAUAUUUCUUUAUUAGACGAAAUAGAAUAGUAGGCGAGGAACCCGUAAAGGGUUGGAACCUUUCAAUUCGACGAAAGAAUCGCGGGAAACACAAAUAUUGGUAGAUGAACGUUCAAAUAUUUAAGUAUUCGGAGUACUUGAAUCUAAAAUCAAGUAAUAUCGAAUCGAACGAUUCAAAUUUCGAAUAUUCGAAUUCUCGUUACAGCCCUAUUCGAGAUUGUUCUCGAGACGAUUUCGAGUCCGCGAGCAUGCACGCGUUGAAAGGCAGAAAACAAAAGAGGGAAGUAGGAAACGCGAUAAACGUGUGGAGGAAGGAGACAGGAAAUAAGGGAUUAGACAAAGGAAUCUGGGGGGAAGUUGGGUCGAAAGAAACACGGGUCCGCGAUCUCGCCACCAUCUUCAUUUGUAAAAGUGUCUAUUUUCUCCGCUGCCUAAGUACUUACAUACUAAUUGCGAAACAAGGGCUGGCGAAUUCGGUAUCCAGGCCAAGCGUGUCGACGAAACGGGAACGGGCCUUUGUGUUUCCAUUCUGGACACCUUUGAAUUUACGGGUCACCCGGCAAUCGCGCCUCGUCGACGACACUGGCCGUCAAUUUUUCCUCCUACUCUCCGCUUCGAUUAAUAUCUCGUAAGCUUAAUGAAAAUAUCUCGUGUAUUCUGUGAUAAUUACCCCUUUAAACUACACACACACGUCUACACACACAGAGACAUUACACACACGCGCGUGUUUCUCGAGCACUCACACGAGCGUACCUCACGAACACGGACACUUACAUACACACGCGUCCAUAACGACACUAUCGCACGUGAUUACACCGAUCCCAAUAGCAACAGUAUUUUUCUCUUUUAAACGACAUUUCGAUUUCUAUUCUCUAUACUCGUUAAACGUCCGAAGAGUCUCGUCGGUGUGUGAGAACGAAGGUACCGCGGUUAUCGUCAACCGGGACGGUGAUAAGAACAACACGGAUACGAUGCCAAGAAAGGGGAUGCAUCUCGAUGGACAUAUCGAGCGACGACAAGGUAUUUUUGAGAGAAGCAACAAUUUUCACGCAAUUAGAGGGAAAUAGAAAUUUUCUUUUCUCAUCUUACUACCCUUUUGUCUCGGAAUAAAAGAUACUUUUUUCCAUUCUUGUUCGGACAGAUCAAAAUGAUCGGAAGACUCUAAUUGGACUUGCAUUCGAUUUGAAUUAUAGAUACGCCUAAAAAAACAUAAUUUAAAGAAUUAAUAUUGUUACGAUGUUACUAUUCACACGGGUAUUGUUAUUAGAAAAUGGUACAUUCUAUGCGCGUUGUUUAUCUAUGGAUUUUUGAAGAUAGUGCUAGCUUUCGGUCUGUAAAUUUUGAAACUUUGAACUUAAGACGGAAAACAGUCCCCGAAGGGUUACGGUACGUUGAUGAAAAUACAUAUCUCGUGUAAAAUGUCUUUAGGUUGUUGCAUGUUAAAUGAUCAAUUCUGUAACAAGAAGUUUCUGAAAGUAUAAAAAUGUUACCUUUAUCGCGUCAAUUGAAAAGAAAUUUUAAUUAAAAUAAUUGCGUGAACGCCGAUUGUCCAUUUUAACAAAUAAAUCAGAGUAAAAUUUAUUCAAAAACAUUUCUAAUUGAAAGUUAUCGACAAUUUAAUACGAUUUUUAUAAAAAGUGUACUUAAAAACCUGCAUCAUGUUCAUACUCUUUCAAUGUAUUUAAUUCUAACGAGAAUAAUAUAUCUUUGAAGUUACUUAAAUAAAUCUAGCAUUUCAAGUGCAACAGCCUAGUGACCGACGGUAAAAAGAGUAUAAAACUUGUAUAUACUUUUUCCUGUGAUUGAUCUCGUUGCGUGAAUCGAUUUAUCGUUUUCGAAAGUGCAAGGGAGGAGUAUCGGAGCAAAAGAAAGAAAAAUGGGACAUGUAACAAUGGAAUAGGGUCAAGUGUUCCGUAGUUCUUAUUCGACGAGAGCGCGACAUGUCACCGCGCGUACUUUUGUGUCCGGUAGCCGACCACAGGCGCAGAACCAAAAGAAAGGGGAAUAAUUCAAAGCAUCAGACUCUAGAUUUGCUGUAUCGCGGGAGCGUGUAGCAGAGGAAACCAUUUAACGAAAGCAGAAGGGACAAAAAAAAA